GUCUUUACAAGUCUACCAGUGAUGCGAGAACGUCAUCUUCUCCAAGCGUUGUCAACGUGGAGAACGCACUGCCCAGUGUAGGGGCACUCUCGCACACAAACAUUAUUCUUCGAGAAGGCAGGGUGUUCCGCCUCCCGAUGUACUAUGUCAUAGUGAUCACGUGGAUACUGUUCAACUACUGCUUCGACGUUUUCAUCGGCACUAUCGACGACUACGCAACAGACAAACGAAUGGGCUUUCUUAAGAAAAUGUCUAUCCUGCCCAUUCUGUCUACCACGGACAUUUUCGGUGGCGUUGGUCUCCCAGCCCUGGUAGACAAAGGGUUGCUUAGCCGAAGCGCUCUUCUCAGCACUGCCUACCUCGGCCUCGGAGUCACUACGGCCCUCCUGCCUGUGAUGACAGCCUUCCUUCCAUUUGUGGGCAUGUGCCUCUUGCUGAGCAUGUUCAUGGGCUGUGGCAAUGCCAUGUACGGCGUGCUGCAGGCUGACUACAUUCGUCAAGAUCGACUGCCGGUUUCGUACGGCACUGCGGGAUUCGUCGCAGGAGUCCUGCUCAUCGCCAAGCCAUUUGUCAUCGGUUACUUCCGGGACUACCAGAAGUCCUACGAUGGCCUAUUCCAGAUGAUGUCUGUGAUAUUGUUUCUGUUGGGAUUCUCCUGGCUCGUAGUGGUCGCGUAUGAGUGGCACGUAAGCGACUCGUGGAAAAGGAAGAAGCGAAGACUGGCUGUGGUCAGAAUUCUUCAGAACUUGUGACACCCGCUGUGAAGAAACACUUGCGUGGUGUGUUGUUCUUGCGUGGACGAUCUAGUGCCAUCACUGCGUAAUUUGUGAUCUCAUUGGCAGGUGGCAGGCCAUUGCUAACAACCAUAAUUUUCAUCAUCCAUCGUGACGCAGGCCAGGUGGCCUAAUUAGUAGUGCUCAUAAUUAUUACAUUUGUUCUCGAUGGCUGUCAUGCGACACAAUUUAAAAGAACAAGGCUAGAUAGAGGAAGUAUUCUUCACAACCUUAGGCUGUUCUCAGAGAACGUAUAUAUUACCGUAUAUAGCACCCAUAUUUUCACAUAUGUAUGUUGACUGGUGAUCUUACGAAAGUCUGGUGAGAUUGAACCCACCUUUCUUUAAUUGAGUAUGAUGAAGUAGACCAAAGAUGUUUUCAUUUGCUAUGGUGCUCACUUAGGAGCGAAAGAGGAAUAUAGAAUUCAUAAAAAAGAAAAUACAAAAAACAUAUUAUUCAGUUAAUAGGGGUGCGUGGUCCACUACCUAACAGUAUUUGGAUUCUAGAAGUCACUACACAAGUAGGAGCGCUAUAGUGUCUACGGUCAGAAGCGGUGCCAGCAAGGAACAAGAAAGGAGGCGGGCAGAAGUCUGUGGCCCACCUGAAGUUUUCGUCGAUUCUCAUCUUUUGCCCCCCCCCCCUCCCCGUCAAACAACAAUAGCCUAAAUAUAGCAGAUUAGUCACCAGCCCAUCAGCCCCCUUGAACAAUUCUCUAGUCGUGGGUGCACUGCCCUCCCUCCCCGCUCGCGUGAAAGUUUCUGGUGCUGGUUUUUGCCUGCGAUGACUUCUAUAUGCAAAAAUACGUAAAUCAUGGUCACCUGAUCAUUUUAUACAGCCCCGAUUUUCAAUCUGAGGGAAAAUUUUUAGUUUUUAAUGAUAGACCACAACCUACACUCUUGCUAUCUUUUUUCUGUUUCGUCAUAGUGUUAUUGUUAUGCUGAACUACCAACCAAGGAAACACAUUGUUUUCACAGCAUGAUGCUAUUAAGUCUAAGCUGAGACACCUGUUGAUAACAUUUGCCAAGAAAUUUGGCUGGGCCAAUAUAGUCAAACCAGGAGGACAUUCAACGCCAUUUCGAUACAUUAUUGUGAAUGCAAGGAAUAACGUUUACGGGUGUUUGUGAUCAUUCAGCAUCACUUCAUAAAAAAACAAAAAUACUCCUGACGCUUUAAUGAAUUUUGCAUGCCCUGCAGCACUAAUACUUAGCCGUGAUCUCCUGACCAUGAAGACCACAUGACCACGUAGACUUUGUGGUCAUGUGGUCUUCGACGGAACACUAUUGGUAUGUGAAACGAUGGUACCAUUAUACUUUAUAUCAAAAGGUGGUGCAAGCCACGUACUUACUUCAUCGUUCUGGAGACAGAAUGCAUAUGACAGUGCUUGCGUGGUAUGUUGUCCACUGGUAUCGUUGUCUGCACACGUCACAAGGACUGUAGCUGCUUCAGAAGGUACUGCACUUUAAAUAAUUAGGUGCACGUUUCAUUAUCCUGCUACCAACAUAUAUUAAAUUCGUCCAGUACAAUCAUUACUAUGAAGUGACGCUAGACAUUGCGACUACGCAUCGUUCAAGUACGGCCACAAUGUGUUCUACAGGGUUCCUUUCUGUGGAAACAUUUAGCGAUACCUCUACCAGCUUAGGAAAUAAAUUAUGCCUAAGAAGAUCCUUUUAUAUGCUUUGACAAAAUAAUGGCAAUGUUACCAUUGCGAAACAGUGAUAUAAUGGAGAGAAAUAUGAGCGCGCGAACUCACUUUAGAAAAAACGGAUAUCCCGGGAAAGCUCAAUUGAGUAAGACAUUUUCCUGCAAUAUAUGAUUAUCAUGAUUAGUGUCGUUAGCCCCUUUUAUUGUGUUUAGAAGAACUUUCAUUUUCAGCUUUUUAUUUUCUUGACACAAUGUUAGGCGCUAAUAAUUUACAACAUGGUAUCCGACCGUGGUUUGUGUCAGAUAUUGUUCUGUGUCAGGUGAAAUCAUAUUUCAUGCAUACUGUAUCUUUACGGCUUUUAUAACAUACGCACAAAUUUCAUUGUAUAUAUGUCAUUUAGUCGUGCACUCGAAAUUCAUUUUUGUGUGACGCUAAUGUGUGUAGAAUAAAGUGCCAAAACUUUU